AUGCGUCUUUAUAAGUGUGAAGAUGAUAAGGCUAAUCUAAUGGUAUCGGAAGCAUCUGUUAGUAGAAAUGGCAGUACUAUUAUUGUUCCUGCUGGAAGUUCUUGGGACGAAGGGUGGACAGCAUUCAGAAACAUUCCGGCAGAAAUUAAUGAAGCAUCGCGGCUUUUCAUAUUGCCCAAUCAGCAAAGUUCUGAACCUUUAGAGCGUCUUGUUGGGCUUUCAGAUGAUGUUGGCGCUGGCUUCAUUUCUGGCCAUAGUAGCCAACCUGCCUCUGCUUCUGAACUAAAUGUUGACAGGUCGGUUGACUUGCCGGCACAAGAUGAAUUAGGUAACAUGGGGGUUUCAAAAGUAAUAAGAGCCGAUCAGAAGAGAUUCUUCUUUGAUUUGGGGAGCAACAACAGGGGUCACUUCCUGAGGAUAUCUGAGGUGAAAAACGGAGGAUAUUUAUGUUUAUUUAUCUAA